GUUUUUGUUUUUGUUCACGCACUGCGUUUUGCCUAGCCCGUCAGUUUGUGCCGCACUGUUUGCGUUUCUAACAAACUCUCCGUUUCUUUUUAUCUUGGUUCACACUAUCCUCUCAAACUUCCUUUUAAUAGAAUGGCUGACGAAGAUUUCGAUGUUGAUGAUGCCGGAUUGGGAGAGGACUUCGACGAUGUGGAAGACGAUGAGAACAUCGAAGAACUUGAUCAGCAAGAGGAACAAGAAAAUGUUGACAUUCUGGCUGCGGGAGCUGCUGGUGGCGGAGUAGCCAAAUCUAAGAGGAUUACAACACGAUAUAUGACAAAGUAUGAAAGAGCAAGAGUGCUGGGAACUAGAGCGCUUCAAAUAGCUAUGUGUGCACCUGUCAUGGUUGAGUUAGAGGGUGAAACUGACCCACUCCAGAUCGCUAUGAAGGAAUUAAAACAGCGCAAGAUCCCAAUUGUCAUCCGAAGAUACCUUCCUGAUCAAAGUUACGAGGACUGGGGUAUUGACGAAUUGAUCAUCAUUGAUCACUGAUUUAUGUUACCUCCAACUUCCCAAAUGUUUAUACUCCUCCCUUUCCAGUACCUUAUAAGUUAGUUUUACUGUCUAAGACAAUUAAUAAAUUUCAAAAUCAAA